GUAGAGGUCGCAAUAAGUCCGCUUCCUCAAAGAUGACAUCUCAAGGCCCUGAUGCUUUCAUUUUGUAGGAAGUCUUUACUAACAUGUUGUUUCGUUUGAUAGAUGAACAUCUAAACUCUAUUCAGUGGUUCAACUAAAGAGCGUGCCCCCCUAACCCCUGACCCCCCCAGAGACUUACUGGGGACAUCUGGUCAUUGAGUAAAUAUGAAGGGAUGGCACUUUGCUGCCACAGGUCACGUCACCAUGACAACUGAGGGAAUUAAUUUCCUACUUUUUAAUCGCUCUUCGGUCUUUCAGGCCCUUUUCUCGUAAGAUGGGAAAAUGUUUGACUCAAAAUAACUUGAUGACAAAAUGUAAUAUUUCAUGAAUAACUGAUUUUGUGGGGUUUUUUUUUUUUUUUCUCUGUCUUGAAUUUAUACAUUUUAAUGAGACAGACAGGGACUGACGAAUUCAGCUUCAUUGGUCAAAGAAAUUAACUUUCAAUACUUGAACUGAAGUAACAUCAGAGCAAAACAUUUAUAGUGUUAGUAGCUAUACCCUCAAUACUCGGAUCAAUGUUAAGGAUCAACUCGAUCUCGACUUGAAGUAUAGUAUUAAUAGGCCUAAUUUUUCUCAGUCAUCAGUACUUGUAAUUUACAGUGUUAUUAGCAUUUACUUCAAUACCAAUGCAGACUUACAAUAGGGUAUUAGUACUUUAUAGUAUUAUAAAUUAACUUGUAAGAGAGUGCUUUUACACUAUGGUAUUAGUACUCGUAAGAGUGCUUUUACAUUGUGGUAUUAGUACUCAUACUCGUAAGAGAGUACUUUUACAUCAGGAAUCCGGAAGAUUUGUUACCAAAAUAUGUUACAUACAAGGAAUUUGACUUGGAGGUUGAUGCAUAACAUCAGACAGAUAAGACAACAUAGUGCAAGAACAACAUGGUGCAAAAGGAAUUUAAAUUACAAAUAAAAUUUUAAAAGUUAAAAAUAAAAUGCACAAACAGAAGUGACAGGUCUACGUGCAGUGCGAAGGGAGUGACUGGUGGAGAAGGAUGUCAGAGUCAGUCAGUGGGGGACCGGGCUCUGUUGAUGAGCCCGACUGCCGACAGGACGAAACUGUUCGUGUGGCGGGUGGUCUUAGUCCUGAUGGACCUCAGCCUCCUGCCAAAUGGAAGGGGCACAAACGGUUUUAGUCCGAGGUGAGAGGGGUCGGCAACAAUCGCCUAUUUGUAAAGCGUCUUUAAAUCAGAUCAAAAAACGGUAACACACUGCUUUCACUUGAUCCUAGUUCACGUUGACCUCCUCUAUGCUCGUGUACAUUUUCAUGAAACAUUACUGUAUGGAUUUUGAGAAAAGUAAAGAUGAAAUCAGUAAUAAUGACAUGCUGUUUGUCUUUCCUCAAUCUUUGAGCUGUCUUUAAACCAGAUCCAAAAACGGUAACACUCUGCUUGUACAGUUCAAAGAUUGGGAUAUGACACUUUACAAAUAUGCGAUUAAUGCGGCUGUAAGCCUUUUUACCGUAACACCUUAAAAAGAGGCACAUUUAAUUUUGAAAUGCGGUCCACAUGACCGCAGUUACCAGACGGUAUGGUAUUAGUUAUUAUUGUGAUAGUAGUACUUAUACUCAAAAGAGAGUACUUUUACACUGCUAUUAGUACUUGUACUCGUAAGAGAGUACUUUUUGGACCACCGCUUUUUUUUAAAACGCGUGUUUCUUCAUCCAGGUUCUACCGACCUGUUGUGGCGGGAAUCCCCUUCAAACGUUGCUACCUCGGCUAGCUUCGCUCCCAUUAGUUUGUGUUGUAACCUGUGGAGUCUUAACUUAACUCACAACGUCACAUGGAAACUAGACGACGGAACCAAGGACCGUUUUAAUUUAAGAGUCAAAUAAAAUUACUAUCCCGUCUGUCAAAUAUAUUUAGUUAGUCAAGAACUAAUGUUAGCUCAAUUAAUUUACAGCAACCGCAAGCUAACAUAAACUAACAGCUAACGUUAGCUCGGGAGUAUUAGCCGCCAGUAGCAGCAUCCGUUAGAGCUAGCUUAGGUAACCAUUAACAUCGAGCUAGCUUAACUAACCGUAAUAUUGACCAGAAUGGCGACACAGAGAACACAGCGGAAGAAAAAACACAUGCAAGAAAAAUUAUAUAACAAGGAAGAUGUUCGAGAAGACGAAACUCGCAUCGUGGGGAAGUCGUCGAAGAAGCGACCGGCGGACUUUGAAGUGGAGCAGACGACUGUUGUCGAAGAUGAGGUUAAUUCCAUGUUGGAGACAUUCGGAGCUCUCCUCAGCAAGAUGAUGCCGGCCAAGAAGAAACGUCUUGAGAGUAUAACCAACAAAUACCUGAAGGGAACCCAAUGCAUGCUGGAGCGGCAGUGGAGCACCCACCAUGGCCAGAGGCAGAAGAUGACCCAGCAGUAUUCCCAGCAGGUCUCCUCAGCCCUGCAGCAGUGGGAGACCGAAGCUCAACGAGCUGAGAAGCAAGAGAAGAGGCUCAACAGCCUGUUCAGACAGCAGCAGAAGAUCCUGCAGGAGGCCCGAGUGGUUCAGAACCAGAAGCUGAAGACCGUCAGAGCGCUCUACGAGCAGUCUGUGAAGAACAUCGAGGACAUGGAGAAGAGCAACGACUCCUUCCUGCAGGGGGCGGAGCAGGAGCUGAGGAAGGAGAUGGCCACGCUGCAAAAGAAGAUCCUCAUGGACACGCAACAGCAGGAGAUGGCUAAGAUCCGUAAAUGGCUGCAGUCGCUGUUCUAGCCUGCUGUUACCACGGCGACGGGGCUGCCUCCUGCUUCUGGGACACAUUGUGGGUUGUUGUUGCCAUGGUUAUUGAGGCAGCAAUCCCAGGACAGUGAUGUUUCUGUCCUCUGAUCCGUUUGUGAUGUUGACUAUAUACUGGUUUUAUAUGGAUAUUUAUGAUUUAUUGUUUAAAUUGUUUUAGUUAUUUCUGCAGUUUUAAUUUGAUGCGUUGCAGACCUCUGUUAGAAACAAAGAUUUAUCUUUCAUACACUUAUAUGUAUUAAUUUGGGAGAAGAUACGGAGACAAAUUUUGAUGAUCUUGAUGUGUGUUACGGGGAAAAAUAAAACACGUUUUUAUGUCUUUGUUAA